AUGAGCUUCCCUUACCGAUUUUCUUGUCUUUUGCUUAGCACAACGAUGCGAGAGGUUGCGAUUCUCUUAUUGUGCCUGAUGUCGGCGUUGGCGAGCGGACGGGGCCGGCCGAAGGCCGAUCGUGUUUACUACCUACCUGGUUUUCUUCGGCCUUUUGACUUUGAGAUAUACUCGGGCUACCUGGAGGGCCAAACGGAGAACAUUCAGCUCCACUACGUGUUUGUUGAGGCAGAAACAAAUUCCUCCGCCGCCCCGCUAGUGCUUUGGCUUAAUGGCGGCCCUGGUUGCUCCUCGCUUCUCGGAAUGCUAACGGAGAACGGUCCUUUCCUUGUGAGUUCUAUGUGCUGCAUAUUUGCCUUCGCCAUUGCAUUAAAUGCGAACGAAUUCACAGCCACCUUAGUAUUUGUGCACAGUUUGUCCACCGAAGAUUGUCCGACACUGAUAGUCGUCCUGGCAAUCGUCUUGUUCGCAACAGAUUUUCGUGGAAUCAGGCCUAUCCUGGUCGAAGUUCCCCACUUAAUGCGCAUUUCAGUUCACUCCCUUCCUUCCUUUCUUUCCAAGCAUGCAAAUAUGCUCUAUUUGGAAGCCCCAGCCGGCGUCGGGUUUUCAUUCGCUCGUGAUGGGGUGGUUAAGACUGACGACGACAAGGUCGCUGAUAACAACUUCGCAGCCUUGGUUCACUUCUUCGAAAAGUUCCCCGAAUUCAAGAACCGCGACUUUUACAUAGUCGGAGAGAGUUAUGGCGGAGUAUACGUCCCCACCCUGGCUCAGCGUGUCGUUAAACACCCUGAAAUGGAGCUAAAGGGCAUUGCUGUGGACAACGGUCUGACAAGUUACGUGUUAAAUGAUAACUCCUUGAUUUACUUCGCCUACUACCAUUCCCUGAUUGACGCCAGUCUCUGGCAGGACCUAAUGAAGUACUGUUGUGGCGGCAAAUCCGCAGAUCGCUGCUUGUUUACACUGAAUCCCGAUUCCAAAUGCCAGGAUGCGGUUCGCCAAGCAAGUGAUAUUAUUCUUUACGGUUUGAACAUGUAUAACCUGUAUGCGCCUUGCGAUGGAGGUGUUCCGCCCAGUGGGACCAUCACAAGCAAGCAACACUCUCAACAGACCUUAAGUCAGGAUGUGGUUCCCUGGAGAAGGAUCUUUCGAUACAAUCGGCACUCACGACACAGACAUCAUCGUAGGAGGAUGCACCCAAUGCGCAUUAAUCCCAAUAAACGCCAGUCUUCCAAUUUUACCCGCGAACAUGCAGACAGAGGCAACCUGUUCCGUCUUCCUACUUUUGAUGACACAGUCAAAUUGAGCAAUAAACUCGACAUAGUCUGCAACAAUGACUCAGCGGUUGAAGAUUACCUCAACCAAGCUGAAGUUCGGGAGACACUUCACAUACCAAAAAUCGUUCAUGAAUGGGCAGCAUGCGACGCAGACGUCUACUCAAACUACACUCGUGUCUAUCACGAUCUGAGCCCACAAUACAUGGAGCUUCUGCAAAAGAAUGUUCGAACGCACAUCUUCAACGGAGACGUGGAUAUGGCCUGCAACUCCAUCGGAGACGAAUGGUUUGUCAACGACCUCGGGCUAAAUGCAAGUCCCUUGCUCAUAUUUAGAACUUGUGGUGCCGGUCACAUGGUUCCCAAGGACAAGCCAGUUCCGGGUUUCGCGCUGUUUCUCAACUUCCUCAAUAAUAUCGACCAUUGA